GUCCAUUUAUAAUACCCAGGUGGGAAAUUCGUUUUACUCCCUGCAGCCGGGUCUCCUCGCAGGAGCCCACGCCUGCAACACGCCCAAGGCUUUCGAGGCUCGCACCCACCUCCCACUAGGACAGCAAUACUCAAAGCCUAGUCCCAACCCACACGCGGGAGCAUCUCCACUGUGUGCCCUGCAGCUCAUUGCAGAAUAUGUCACUGCAGUGCAGCCCCGUGCCCUCCUUCAGCAGCUGACCGUAGGAAGAAGCUAGUCUGCCCCUUCUCGCGUGAGCUGCAGCGCUCAGAGCGGCGGGCGAGGAGCUGCUGGGUGGCAGCAGCAGCCGCCGGAGCAGGAAUGCGACGCUCGACAAUAAGGCACCCGCUCGUGCUCCACGCGCGCGGCUCCACCCCAGCGAGGCAGGGCCGGCCGCGCCUGGCAGAGGCCGAGAGACGCGAGCCUGACGCGUGGGGGCAGGGUCAUGCUAUAGGCAGCGGGCGGGGCCAUUGCAGCCCGCGUCCGCUCUGAGCUUGUGCUGCCAUUGGCGGGGAGAUCGAAAAGGUCCCGCCCACGCGCGGGGAAAUAACCAAUAGAGAAGUGAGAGUGGGAGAUCUCGCGAGAGUUUCCUUGAAGCUGGCGCCGCCAUCUUGGAGUUGGGAGAGGCCGCGUCCUGUUUAUGUCGCUCCUAGGGGGUCGCUGAGGGGGAUGGGCGCCGGGCACUGAGCUAGCGGGGUCCAUGCGCCCGCCUCGCCCCCGGGCCGAAGCAUCGCCGGCACGGGCGGCCCCGGGGCGGCAGGAUGGUGCAGUCCUGCUCUGCCUACCGCUGCCGGAACCGAUACGACAAAGAGAAGCCGAUCUCCUUCCACAAGUUUCCUCUCACAAGGCCUGAUCUCUGCAAGAAAUGGGAAGCCGCUGUGAAAAGGAAAAAUUUCAAGCCAACAAAGUAUAGCAGCAUUUGCUCAGAACAUUUCACUCCUGAUUGCUUUAAAAGGGAGUGUAACAAUAAGCUCCUGAAAGAGAAUGCCGUGCCCACAAUAUUCUGUUACACUGAACCCAGUGAAAAGACUGAAGAGUGUUCAGAGCAAGCAGAAGAUCUGUCUCCUCCUACACCGCCAUUGCCACCACCACCUCCGCCGCCGCCACCACCACCACCACCACCACCACCACCACCUCCUCCUCUACUGCCACCUCCCCCAUCAAAUCCUUCCUUUCCUUUAUCUCAGAUAGAUGCAAGACUGGUAGAUCCAAGUAUUGGAUUAUUAAUGCCUCCUCUCCAGACCCCUAGUAAUCUAGCAGUUUUCUGUGAUCACAACUAUACCGUAGAGGAUACAGUUCAUCAGAGGAAGAGAAUUCAGCAGCUGGAAGAGCAAGUGGAAAAACUGAGAAAGAAGCUCAAGACAGCACAGCAGCGAUGCAGACGUCAGGAAAGACAGAUUGAAAAACUGCGCGAGCUCGUUCAGUUUGAGAAGGAGAAGGACAUAUUGGCAGGAAAAGGCUACAUUAUUCUACCCAAUGACUAUUUUGACAUUGUAGAAGUACCUGCAUAAAUACACUGACAUCCCCUUUGAAGGGGCAAUACCAAGUAGCAUCUUCAGGCUAACACAGUUCAGUUUAAAGAAUAAAUACUCUUUAAUUCUGUAUGUAAGACUAUUUGAGAUUCUAAAAGAAUAAAGAAGCUAUGUAAUGUUAAAUAGA